GAUACCAUGAGAAAGUUCUAAACCUAGCACAUUCCAUAUCUAGGGUUUGAGUGAAAUCGCUAAAAACAGCAGCCAUGUGUGGGGAAUUGGCGAUGAUGCCUUUCCUCUGUGGGAUUUCUCAUAUAUUUACAAGAAUCAGUUUUCACUGUACAGCAACGGUAAGAAUAACAAACUAAUAAACCUACCAUUUACAUUGUGCCAAGUGGCAAAGCAAGAGUGAAAACUUAUCGUCUAUUUACUCUAACUGAUAUGGCAGCGUUUAGCUUCAACCAAGUUAAAGGAAGCCUGACUGGAGGUCUUCGUGGUCUGCAGUUGCUGCUGUAUCUGCAGAAUGCAAUGGCUACAUCAUCAUCUUCAUAUUCCAUCAUAAAUCAAUGCAUCCAUUCCACGCAUCUGCUUCACAAUGGACUUUUUCCUUUUGGUUUUAACUUUUAAGCUUCGGACAAGAGGCAGGAUGAAGGGAGGAUCUAUUGUUGGUGUCGAUUUUUGGAGGCAGGAGAGGCUACGAGAGUUGGCCACUGCUCUUUGUGUAAGCUCCUUCUUUAUGGGGUUUGAUUCCGUUUAUAUUCUGAGUGUCACCUCUCUUUGCUCUGGUUCUGUUUGAUUACCCUGUUUUCAACCAAGGGAAGAGGAAGCAAAAGAUCUCUUUGAUUACCCUGUUUUCUUCAUGUUUUGUCUUUGGAUUGAAAAUGUUCUUUUGAUUGUGCCUGAUGUUGCGGUGGGUAAUUUCACAAAAGGAUAAACUUGCUGGUUGUUUAUGGUAUACUGCUUUGCUCUUUGUGUGAGUUUGGUGCCAUCUGCUGUGUUGCCAUUAUGACAUUUAUAUGUUUCUAGCUUUCUGUAAAUUAAAUAUUGUGGGCCUGAUGUGGCAACUUACCUGUACAACAGGAUAGUAAUUCUCAACGAAGAUGAGGAGUCGGGCCAGGACACGAGAAAGGUGGUGAAGUGUUGGGGCCAGUAGAGACACUAUGGUGGAGAGAACACAAGGCAUGUUAUUUGUUUUGGAUGUCAUUUAUGGAUAUUGUGCUCGGUUAAGUUCGGUAAUCGGGGAUGUUCCGAUGCAGUGCUGACUUAUUCUUAUUGAUGUCUUAUCUUUCUUCCCAUCUCCAAUGACACCUCUUACUCUCGGACCAUCCAAAGUCUGUUGGAGUGUUGGGUUUGCUGUGGUUAGUGUGGAGAGCAUAUAUCGAUACUUUUCACAGUUCUACCUGUACCUCCAGCAGGAGAGACAAGAUGAAUGAAAAAGAAUGGGAGGUGUAGUAGAUUCUGGAAUUCAGGUAGUUCUUUUCUGUUUUUAGUUUCUCAUUUUUGUAGUUAGUUCAUUUACGAUUGGAUUGCAUCUGUAUACAGAUUAGCUUUGACCUGUGUGGAUGUAGGUUACAGUCUCAGCUCUGUUUAUUUCUCAUGCUCAUGCCUGUUCAUCUUUUCAAUCACAAAUAAAGUCAAAUCUAGGACACAACAUUAUAUAAUUUCUUUCAGUCGUAACGUGAAAGCAUGGUUAGUUACUGUUCAAGAGCUGCAUUCUAUCAUCUCCUUAUGCUGUGCUUGCAGGCCAGUUUUAGACUUUUGAGUUAAUUAUGGAUUCAAUGUUAUUUUUCUUUAUUUUACCUUGGUUCAAUUUUGGUCUUUGCUUGCUGUUCUUCUCUAAUGACACGGUUCAGUAGAAAUUCUUAUCCAUCACCACAUAAAUCCAGUAAAGGUUGACUUUUUCAAUAAUAGUUCCUCUUCUUGCUUUCGAUGCUACAAGAUUUGGUUCUGUUUUGCCUCAAUUCAUGGUAUUUGUGUCCCUCUUAAUUUAUAAUCCCAUUUACAAGUUUGGUGGAGUCAGAGCCUCAUGUACCUGGAUCAGGAACUAAAACUGAAAAGGUUUUUCUUUUGUUUACAGUCGGUGGUUACUGAAGCAGCAGCUGAAACUUUCCAUAAGAUAAAAAAACAUCAUGAUGGUGCAGGUUCUGCUUUAAUUGACCCUUUAUUCUAUCUGGCGUUGAUUUCAGCUAUCUCUGUAAAACAUUACUCUGGUAAUAAUUCACGUCCUUUGUCACUUUGCACUUUUGUUCUUUACUAAUGUCACUUUGCUACUGUAUUUAUGGUCUGCUCCAGAAUUAUUGUUUCGGCCAUUGAUCAUGGAUACUUGGGAAUUUUAAGUUCGACAAAGAGGCAUGACAUCAGGUCGAUGAAACCAAUUAUAGGGUUCUCUGUGUAGCUCCACUUCAACCUCUUUUCCUGGUGACAUGUAGUAUGGUGAUCUCAAUUUCAUGUUCAAGCUUAGGAGUUGUGUUAGUUUCCCUUCAUCUGUAAUUAGUGGUGGCAUCCAUUCCAAUCUUAUGAGAGUAGGCAUCUAUUAAUAGUAUCUAUUAAAAUGAAGAUGUUAAAUUGAUGUUAUUCUGCUUGGUAUGCUAGCCCCUUAAUGCUCGAAUCGUAAAGGCUUUCGUCUACAAAGCUGCCUUCAAAUACAACAAGUUGUUGGUGCUCUUCCCAGCAGGUCCAUACUUACUAUUACCACUCUUUUUUCUAUUUGUCUUACUCAUGUUUUUGUUAAGAAAACCUCAUGAUUUUGCAUCAUUCAUUUUUGUUCUUUGCAGCUAGGUUUUGAAGCUGACUUACAAGCAUGCCUGGCCUUUGGUGACCAUUUUGGAAGAAGAGAUGGUAGUGUUCAAAGACAAGUGAUACAUAUAUGCUUAGUUUGAUUGCCUCUUAAGUUAUUAUACUCUAUUUUUUGGGAUAGACCUUCUCAUGUCAAUCCCUUUUGUGCUUUGCUUUUGCAGCUAUUCCCUCCUGCUGUGCUGUUUGGUUUUCUUUAGCGAUAUGGAGCCUUGCUGUCACUGGUAAUAAUAUGGAGCAGCUUGGCAAAGUUUGUUUGCUUGACCAUCAUAGUGAUAUUAGGUCAGCCAGCAGACUCUCGGAUUUUAUGCUCGAUGCCAUGGUACUUUAUGCAAUCAUGGUGAUGGGAACUUUCAGGUGAUGGGAUUUUCCACUUAAUGUUCUUAUGGAUUUUUUCCGUUUUGAAGUGAAGGUUAUUGUAGUCAACUCUUCUGGACUGAUCUUUUCUUCAUAGUGUUUAAGUCUUAUCUUUAGCCAGAUAUCGAUACGUGCUGUUACAAAGGCAAGUAUAACAACUAGCCACUUCAUCGAUUAACAUAAACCAUCGCGGUGAUCGAGUCAUCAGUCCAAUUACAAUCGUUUCCAAUGCAGUCAAUGUGUGAUUUAUGAGCAAUUGGGGGUCUAACAAAUUGAUAAAAAAAAAACCAAUCGACUUCUCUAUUGAUGUAUGUAGAGAUAUCUCUAUUCUGGAAACUCAGUUUUUCAUUCUCGAUAGCUUAGUAAUUAUGUGAUCAACCAAUCAUCUAUGUAUCUUAGGAAUAAUUAUUUGUGUCCCCUGUAUGAAACGUCGGUAUCGACCAUUUUAGUAUUUCAAUGUUUCUGGUAUUCUAAAAAGAUGUUGGAUUCUACUGUUUCAGUCCACAUAGUCUUGCUUGCUCUUUUUCAAGGUUUUGUUGUGCAGAAUUUUCCUUCUCAUGUAAUUCUUUCUUCUACCGUUUCCAAUUUGUGGCCAAUUAGGUCUAUACUCUGUUUUAUGAGUGGCUCUUGAGUGAAAAUAGUUUGGUACUGCUGUUUCUAAUUUACUGCUACAAUGAAAGAUCAGUUUUCAAUGUACACUUGGGAAUCCAAUCAUAAUGAAGAGUUUCAGUGGAUGUCAUUUUUAUUUAGAAUGAUGAUCCACUUGAUCAUUAGAAAUUUGUUUUGCAUUUUAUUUGUGUGCUUUCAUUUUGGAGUGUUGCACAACAGGUUAGAGGUAACCCCUGUAGGCUCGAUAAUGAUCUAAAAAUUAUAUCUGAAUAAUUUCCUUGGUUCUUUCAUUGAUUUUCAGAUUCAAGUAUUUGUAAGAUGCAUCUUAAAGAACGUGGUUACGAGAAUCUACAAUUUCGGAACAAUAGUUAGGAAAAUUGUUUUGUGUUUAUUAUAUGUUUGAGGCUGAAUCCCUUAUUGUUGUGAGAAUCUGUAAUUUGCUGGAAUCUGGUUCGAUCUCCAUCGCUAUAGCCUUGAUGCAUUUACAUGGAAUAAAUUUAGAACUAAUGAUGUAAACUCGCGCUUAUGGCCUGUAAAUGGUGUUUCAUUUUCACAUUCCUCGAAGGUCUAGAACUCUAGAUGACACUAUGUAUUUGAUUGAUGUCUUAAUGUAAGAAGUUUGUGGUUCAGAGAUAGAUGACUCUAUGUAUUUUCACACCAAAUUGAAUCACCCUCAGCUCGCAUUUGUUUGCUUUUCAUCAACUCAUUUUAUCUUAUAGUUCUAUUUCGGUUGUGGUUUAGUUCAGCAUCCAAUAUUUUGGGAAAAGUUAAUCUGCUAACUUGAAGAUUCAUUAGCAGAUACUAACUGAUAUCCAAAAUACAUGAACUAGUAUUCGAGUACUAAAGUAUCUAGAUAGCACAUACUAGUAUUCAAAGUUUGCUAACUGAUAUCCACCAUAAAUCAACUAUUAUCCCAAAUUCACAAACUAAUAUCUAGACAACACAGAAUAGUAUCCAUACAACACAUAAUUAGUAUCCAUAUAACACAUAAGAGUAUCCAGAUAAUAUAUAAGAGUAUCCAUAUUGAAUACUAGUUGGUUGAUUGUGGAUAUUAGUUGGUAUCUGCUAUCUGGAUAUUAGUUUGUGAUGUUUUGAAUGCUAGUUUGUGCUAUCUAGAUACUCAGCAAAUUUGGAUAUUAGUUCAUACAUUUUGAAUAUUAAUUAGUAUAUACUAACGAAUCUUCAAGUUAGCAGAAUAACUAGGCUGAAUAUUUUAACCUUGUAUUUGACUCUGUUCUCUACUUAACUUAAUAAAGAAUUCUGCAGGUAUCAACAUCCUUUCAACUUGCUUGUUUUGUACUGUUUACUGCUGUUACUGAUACUAGUGUUCAUCAGUCACUUUCACUGCCAAAUUUCCAUAACCAGGACUCGAUCGAACUUGGUUGCAUUUUUUCCUUCCUAGCUCCACCUAGCCUUACACGUGAAUCGCUAUUUGACGCCCGUUUAUUUACUAUUUGCCGCCCGUAUAUUUAUGAAAAAUGUCUAUUUUACCCUUCAACACUUAAAAUCCUAAUCAAAACUGCCCAUCCCACCGACGAAAUUGUUGGCCGGAUUUUGUAUCGCCGCUAUUGAGAAACAAACUCGCCCAUCCGUUGCAAACCUCCAUCUCCUCCAUCUCCAAGACGCCGUCGGAGUUUGUCUCUCCUCCCGCCUCUGUUUACUCACCUCCCUCAAUCCCCAAACAACUCCAGCCGCGGACCAAGAUUACGCCAUAAAAAUAGAGCUCGCCACAGCUGUUGAAGAGGUUACUGCCAUCGAGAAAGAAAUCGCCGCCGUCGAAGAGGAGCUCGCCGUCAAGGCACGUUUUUUCUUUUUAUUUUUUUUAUCCGUCCGCCCAUCGGAGUCGGACGGGAACCGCCACCCGCCGUUGUCGGACGGCCCUCGCCGUCAGCUUUGGGGCAGAGAUAGUCUCACCCAUCGCUGGUUUCUCGAUCAUCUUCAUCCGCCUCUUUUGAUUGCAAUCAACGGAAUUAAGAAAAACAAAAUUUAAUAAUUAAUUAGCUAUUAGGGAAGGGAAACUCUGCUUCAGGGAAUGCCCAAUUUAUAUUGAACAACCAUAAAUUGAGAAAUUAUAUUUAAGAACACUAAUUAGAGGUUUUAAGAUUUUAUUAGGGAUAGAAUGGAAUUAACUAAUAAUAUUAUGUUAAAUAAGGGUUUCCGAAAUUGCUCCUUAAUAAAUAUAACCGAACUCCACGGUCUUCUCUUUUCCUAAUUGUCAUGGGUUUAAUUAAGGAAAUUAUUUUCCCUAGUUAAGGUAAUUAUUUUCCUCAAUUAACCAUUGAAAACCCACGUCCAAGGUAAAUUGAUGCAAAUGUUUCCUCCAAGUAAUUGUCAUGCUAUUUAUAUAUUUAAUACCGUAUGGGUAAAUUACAUAUAAAAUAUAUAUGAGUAUUUUACUUUAUUUUUUAAUUUAUGGUAUGUUAAUAAUCAGUAUAUAAAUUGUACAGAAUAGAAAUUAAAUUAAAAAUAUUGUACUUAAUAGUGAUAAAGAAUAAUAAACUCGACUUAAUUGGACUCAUUAUGAUAGUUGCAAAAAUGAAAGCAUAUCUUCCCCUUUUACAUCUCCUACCCCUCCCAAACCCUAAACCCUCAUUCCACCAAAUAGCUACCUUUAACCUCGACCUAUCUAAUCAUACUAUAACAUUGUCUUAGAGGCUAAGUCAUCUCAGCAUCCUCUAACAACAGUUGUUCACAUCGUCAAAAUAUGUGCGGUAGGCUCAAGAAACUUCUCGUUAUGACCACAAGGGCCUCCAAAAACCACGAUGGAAUUUGUGGCACUAUUCAUUUAUUUGAGCCCAGAAUGUCCGAUCGAGAAACGGUUGAUUCCGCCAUGUUCGGAUCCAAAUUUUAGGGGAUCCACGAGAGUUUCAAUAAUUUUUCACGUCAAUAUCUCUACUAAUUGCGAAAAGAUGCUUUCUCCCGACCUUCCGCAAGCCACAACGAGCCUUCUCUACGUCUAAUCGAGAAACUAUAGAUUCCAACAUAUUCCUAUCCACAAUAUAAGGUUUGAGAUAUUUAACUAUGAAAUUGAUACAAUGCAAAACAUUUAAUCGAAUUUAAUAAGUUUUUUAAUCCUAGGAUUUAUGAUGAGAAAUGAUUUUUUUUUUCGGGACUUCCAAUGGAGAAAUGGUCGAUUUCACCUAGGAUUUAUGACGAGAAUGUUGAUUUCCUUAAUUAACCUAAUGGCAGACGUUCUAAUUGUAAUAUUUAUUAUUAUUAAUCAUUUUCCUGUUUAUUGCUACCAACAGAAUUAGGGGAAACGGAAUUUAAAAUUAAUUUCUUAUUCCUUCUAAAAAAUAAUUAACUAUUCUAUUUAUGGUCACCUAAUAAAAUUACCUAUUCCGUGUUUGUCUCACUUAAUCACUUAGCCGAUUUUUUUGUGUGUGGAAACUUAGUGUAAAUUUGGUGAGGUUGGCCAACGGAAUUAAUUGAUUGCUUGAUAGUUUAGGUAAGUUUGAUUUCUAGUUGAUUAAGUGAGGCUGACCAACGGAAUUAAUUUAUCACUAACAUCAUUCCUAAUUAAAUGAUAAUAUUGAUAUAAAAUAAUACUAAUGAUUCCCCCUAAUCCCCCCACUUACGGCAUAAUACUUUCCCUCUAUCAUUUAAUAUAAUAAUAAUCACAAUAUUAAUCACUUUUCUCUCCAAUUAACAUUCCUAAAACGGUUAAACUUCUCUUCCACUCCCAAAAAUUAUCGUCGAAUACCCUCUCUCCCUGCUCUCCUUCUCUCUCUUCGUUCAUUCUACCGUCGUCGUCGGGCAAUCAGAUCGCGCCGAGCCGUCCGCUCGCCGGCGUCGGACCCCGUCCGAUCGCCGGCGGCGGACCCCGUCCGAUCGCCGGCGGCGGACCUUUCAGAGCAGUCGACGCCGGAGAGUGUGUUUUGUUGCGUUGAUGACGGUGGCGGUCCGUCGGCGGUUGACUCCGGCGAUGGUGAUUUUGCGCCGACGGUGGGGGUAUUAGUGUGAAAGAAUCCUCCGUUGUAGUAGAAGUUAAACAAAUAACAGGGGCAAAAAUGUCAUUUUAACUUAAAAUACGGGCGGCAAAUAGUAAAGUGUCGGGCGGCAAAUAACAACCCUCGCCUUACACGUCUUUUUCCUAUUUGUGGACGUUAAUCAAGUCAGUGGUGUCAAAUGCCGCUCCGUAUUGAAAGUUCUUGGUAAAGUGACCUUGAGUUCACACUUCCAAAUCCCAAAUGAAGUUUUUUUUUAAAACAAAUCCCAAUUAAAGUUUAAAACAACUUUAUAUAUCAAAUAAUCUAAGGAGUUAUGUUCUACUUCUUUACGCCAUAUGUUAUGAAUUAAAAAGGAGGGUUUAAUUACACCUCAAUGCUAUUAUUAAGGGGUUAAUUGCAUGGUUGGUCACUGAGAUUACAAAAAAACGUUCACGUUUGGUUACUCGAAAUAUUUAAAUCCAUUGAUGGUACUUCAGUUUACUGAAAUCGUUCACAUUUUGUUACUCUCCGUCCAACUCCGUUAAUUUUUGCUUAUGUGGCGGUCAACUGUAAAAGUUGAUCGCUAAAGGUGUGACGUGGCAAUUUAAAAUUAAUAAAAUAAAAUUUUUUAAAAUUUUCAUCUCUUCCCUUUUCGAGUUUUGACCGCCUUGGGCAGACAGAGAAUGGUCAGUAAUUGACUAAUUUCUUGUUCGUUUAUUAAUGAAUGUACCAUGGAACUCCAAUGUAUGCUCCAUAAUUUGUAAAUUGCUUUCGUUGGUCUCGAGCAUAGGGAUCGAUUGAUCAUCAGUACGCUGUUCUGAUAAUUCGAUUUACUUUCCAGCUGGAGGAGCAGCUGGCUGUGCUGCAUACAUACUUGGAGAAUGUUAGUUGGGAGAGGAAGGUAUAAUGGAAGAUCACCUCCGGAUGGCGGUUAAGGAAUGCAAGAACUUGGAUUUGUUGUUGGCAGAAGCUGAAGAUGAAGGCGACAAGUUGAUAACCAAGCUUGAGUUGAUGGAGAGGGAGUUGCAUACUUUGAAAGUCGAGAAUCAUCAGUUAAAGAUAAUUAACCAGCUACGAAGCACCUUGGGAGGCAAUGCAGGGGAGGAGAAUCGGAGGAAGCACAUUUCUGAUGAUAUUGCUGACAGUUAUGAACAACCAGGAGAUUCAGACGUGGGUGAUGAAGUAGUGUUGUUGGAGCAGAUAGACUUGGCAGUGUCGCAGACGUUGGGAUCAGUAUGCAAGCCGUGGCGCAAACUUCACCGCGCAGCUCGUCGCCAGCCGCCUUGUAGGCCAUGCCACCGUUGCAGAGAUCCUGCACCGGAAAACACCAGAACUCGUCGAAUUGACGACCAUUCCUCAUCGCGUUUGCCAAAAAUUGUACGGCCAAAUCAUUGUUUACGCCUGGCCAAGCAAGUUGUGGCUUCUGAAGGUUCCCCGGCCGCGAAAUCACUAGCUGCUUCAAUCCCUUUCUUCUCCAAAGCAAAAGAGAAGCUGUAAUGGAAGCGGCAGCGACGACGGGUAUGCUGUGGGCGGAGUAUUGGUAUUGGAGAUUAGAAGAAAUUAGAAUUUUUUUU